UGUUACAAAAUUAAUGUAAACUAUUAAAUAUUUUGUUUAUGUUUUUUUUUUAUUAUUAAAAAAUUAAGGGGUGUUUUCAUUUAUACUUUUUGAACUGACUUUCUAUUCAUUUAUACGUUCAUGUGAAAUUUAAUUCACAAAUACACUUCUUUUGCAAUUAUACUCCUAUUCCUCUACUUCCGCCCCUGGUAGCCGCCACCGCCACAAGUGCUGCUUUCUUUCCUCUUCUUUCUCUUCGUGUGCUUCUGUAAGAUCACUUGCAAGAGAAUCGCCCCAGAAGCCGAGUCAGUAUCCAAACCACGAGUCUAGGAGAUACAAUCUUCCACUACAGACAUUGCAAACCAUAACACUUAUUUGAGAAGAUGAAGGAAUCUUCUAUUAUUUAAUCACGAUUGUGACAAGAAUCAGAGUUCCCUCUGGUUAGGAGUAACGACAGUAAAAUUAAUUAUCGAGUGUUAAGCUCCCUCACUUCUUGCCAUGGCAGAAGUUGAUGCGUGUUGCAGAGGUCAACACUUUACCACUUUGGUUCAUCCUUUGCAGGGGUUGUCAACCGCUAUAACUUUGACAUUACGUGAUGCAAUGACAUUGAGAGCUUUUCCCUAUGAUGUUGAAGAUUGAAUAAAUACAUAAGUGAAAACUUAUUGUGUAUGAAAGUGGACUAAUAGUUAACAUCAUGAUGCAAACCUGCUCUGCAAAGAUCUGUCAAUUUAUGUCUAACAAGUCAGCUUGUUCUAGUCUAGGUCCUCGAGGCUUUUCUCCAAUUAAAAGAGCCCAUUGAAAAUGGAAACAACUUACAUUGAAAAUAGAAACAACAAACAUUGAAAAUAGAAACAACUCACAUUGAAAAUGUAAAUUAAAAAUGCUAGAAAUAGAAACAACUUGCAUUUGACCUCAUAUACAUCUAUGUGAAAUGUAAACAAAUAUCAUACAAAAUAAAAACAACUCACGUUGAAAAUGAAAACAAUAUAAUCUCAAAAAAAUAAAAACAACUCACGUUGAAAAUAGAAAUAAUUUAACCUAAAAAAAAAACAACAUGACCUCGAAAUAGAAACAAGUAUAUAUGUGUGUGAAAUGGAAACAUAUAGCAUUAGAAAUACAAACAAUUUAACCUCGAUAUGAAAACUAUAGUUUGAAAUGAAAAAACUGUCAUAAAAAAUAGAAACAACUCACAUUAAAAAUGGAAACAACACAAAUUGAAAAUGAAACAAUAUAAGCUCGAAAUAGAAAUAAUUUAAGCUCGAAAUGGAAACAACUUGCAUUUGACCUCAUAUAUAUCUAUGUGAAAUUAAAAGAAUAUUAGCAACUCACAUUGAAUGGAAACAAUUUAACCUCAAAAAAUAGAAACAACUCACAUUAAAAAUAGAAACAAUUUAACCUCAAAAAAUAAAAAUAACAUAACCUCGAAAUAGAAACAAGUAGCAUAUAUGUAUAUGUGUGUGUGAAAUAGAAACAUAUAACAUUGGAAAUAGAAACAAUUUAACCUCAAAAUGGAAACAACUCAGAUUGAAAAUAGAAACAACACAAAUUGAAAAUAGAAACAACAUAAGCUCGAAAUGGAAACAAUUUAACCUCGAAAUGGAAAAAAUAUCAUAAAAAACAGAAACAACACACAUUGAAAAUGGAAAGAAUAUAAGCUCAAAAUAAAAAUAAUUUAACCUAAAAAAAUAGAAACUCACAUUGAAACAUAACCUCGAAUUGGAAACAAGUAGCAUUUUUACUCGUAUAAACACAUAUAUAUAUAUAUAUAUAGAACACUUCUUAACAUAUAUAUAUACCCAUUAACAUAUAUAUAUAUAUUCAUAUAUAUAUGUUAAUGGGUAAUAGAAAUAGAAAUAUAUAGCAUUGAUAAUAGAAACAUAUAGCAUUGAAAAUAGAAACAAUUUAACCUUGAAAUGAAAACUUUAGUUUGAAAUGGAAAAAAUAUCAUAAAAAAUAGAAAUAACUCAUAUUGAAAAUAGAAACAACACAAAUUGAACAUGGAAAGAAAUAAGCUCAAAAUAGAAACAAUUUAACCUCAAAAAAUAGAAACAACUCACAUUGAAAAUUGAAACAAUUUAACCUCAAAAAAUUAAAAUAACAUAACCUCGAAAUAGAAACAAGUAGCAUUUAUAUAAAUAUAUAUAUAUAUAUGUGUGUGUGAAAUAGAAACAUAUAGCAUUAGAAAUGGAAACAAUUUAACCUCGAAAUAGAAAAAAUAUCUUAAAAAAUAGAAACAACUCAGAUUAAAAAAAUGAAACAAUACAAAUUGAAAAUGAAAACAACAUAAGCUCGAAAUGGAAAGAAUUUUACCUCGAAAUGGAAAUUAUAGUUUGAAUUGGAAAAAAAUAUCAUAAAAAAUAAAAACAACACAUUGAAAAUAGAAAGAACAUAAUCUCAAAAUAGAAACAAUUUAACCUCAAAAAAUAGAAACAGCGCACAUUGAAACAUAACAUCGAAUUGGAAACAAGUAGCAUUUUUACUCAUAUAUAAAUAUAUAUAUAUGUGUGUGUGUGAAAUAGAAACAUAUAGCAUUGAAAAUAGAAACAUAUAGCAUUCGAAAUGGAAACAAUUUAACCUUGAAAUGAAAAUUUUAGUUUGAAAUGGAAAAAAUAUCAUAAAAAAUAGAAACAACUCACAUUGAAAAUGGAAAAAACUCAAAUUGAAAGUGGAAACAACUCAAAAUAAAAAUGAAAACAAUUUAACUUCAAAAUGUAAACUAUAGUUUGAAUUAGAAAAAAUAUCAUAAAAAACAAAAACAACACACAUUGAAAAUAGAAAGAACAUAAGCUCAAAAUAGAAACAAUUUAACCUCGAAAAAUAGAAACUCACAUUAAAACAUAUAGCAUUGGAAAUGGAAACGAUUUAACCUUGAAAUAGAAAUUUUAGUUUGAAAUAGAAAAAAUAUCAUAAAAAAUGGAAACAACUCAGAUUGAAAAUAGAAACAACACAAAUUGAAAAUGAAAACAACAUAAUGUUGAAAUAGAAACAAUUGUACCUCAAAAUGAAAACUAUAGUUUCAAUUGGAAAAAAUAUCAUAAAAAACAAAAACAACACAUUAAAAAUGGAAAGAACAUAAGCUCAAAAUAGAAACAAUUUAACCUUAAAAAAUAAAAACAACCCACAUUGAAACAUAACUUCGAAUUGGAAACAAGUAGCAUUUUUACUCAUAUACACACAUAUAUAUAUGUGUGUAUGUGUGAAAUAGAGACAUAUAGCAUUGAAAAUGGAAAUAUAUAGCAUUGAAAAUGAAAACAAUUUAACUUUGAAAUGAAAACUUUAGUUUGAAAUGAAAAGAAAUAUCAUAAAAAAAUAGAAACAACUCACAUUGAAAAUGAAAACAACUCAAAUUGAAAAUGGAAGCAACUCAAAUUGAAAAUGAAAACAACAUAAGCUCAAAAUAGAAACAACUCACAUUAAAAAUAGAAACAACAAAAGCUCGAAAUGGAAACAACUUGCAUUCGACUUCAUAUAUAUAUAUAUAUGUAAAUGAAAAUAAAUAUCAUAAAAAAAUAAUAACUCACGUUGAAAAUGGAAACAAUUUAACUUCAAAAAAUGAAAACACCUAGCACUGAAAAUGGAAACAACAUAUGAGUGAAAAACAAAAAAGUGAAAAAAGCAAAUCAAAUGCGAAAAUGCAAUCAACCAGGACGUAACAAAAAGACUUGUAGAAACUUGCAAAACUAGCCAAAAUUGAUUAUUGCUUGAUUAAGCAAAGUUAUGAACGAUUUAGUUUGGCUGUUAAAGUCACUACAACAUACAGUUUAUUUGUUGGUUUAUAAAAAUAGAUUUGGAUUGAUUUGUUGGUUUACAAACAUAGAUAUGGAUUAAUGUGUUGCUUUACAAACAUAAAUUUUGAUUGAUUUGUUGGUUUACUUGUAUUCAGUAGUAAUGAGGUUGUAAAUCUCUAUUAAAUAUGUUUUCAUGAGUUAGUAGCAUUUAACCUUUUAUAUAUAUAAUAGAAACAACUAACAUUGAAAAUUGAAACAAUUUAACCUCAAAAUGGAAAUUAUAGUUUGUUGCGAAAUAAAAACAACAAGCAUUUAACAUUAUAUUACAUAAAAAUGGAAACAAUUUCACAGUGGAAACAAAUAUCAUAAAAGAUGAAAACAAAUCACAUUAAAAAUUAAAAAACCCACAUUGAAAAUGGAAACAAUUCAAAAUCCCACCCCAACCUAAAAUAAUCACAUUACAAUUCUGUAAUCUCGUCCUCUCUCUGGUUCCCGUUCUCGUUCUCAUUCUCAGGUCCUCUCUCUCACUCUCAGGUCUCAAGUCGGCAACACAUCAAUUCUCUCACACGAGCCACCACCAACGCCCACCGGUACCAUCAACGGUCACAACAGUCAACCGGAUAAGCUUGAAGUAGGGAAAUAAAAAUUAUUGUGAUUGAAAGCACUACUACAAUGUUAGCCUUUAGAGGCAGUUUUUUCAACCCCAUUUAUAAAAAGGGAAGCUAAAGGGUGUGAAAAUACCCGCUAUGUUCGAAAUUGACAUUUAGAGGCGGUUUUUUGAUAAAAACCGUAGGUAUAAAAUUGCAUUAUACCAUUUAGAGGCGGUUGGAAAUUAAAUAUAAUUUUUUUUUCCUGGACGACCCUAUGGCGUCGGUUCCUGCAUAGGAACCGACGGCAUAGGGUACACGGUUUGCUGACACGUGCACCCUAUGCCGUCGGUUCCUAUGAAGGAACCGACGCCAUAGGGUCGACCUUUGUAUAUAGGGUUCGAUCAUCUUCUUCCUCCCCACUUCACUCAGCCAACCCAGCAAAACCAGAGAGCCUUUUCUCAGCAAAACCCUCGCCGAACCCACCUCCUCCCCCACCAUAUCUCCCCCAUUUCUCAACCAUUUGAGCCUUUUUUUUAAAAAAAAUCCUCCAUUUUCGAUACUUAAUAACAUACACCUAAAAAGUUUUAAUUUUUUACCCUCUUCGAGUGUCAUCCGAACCCAAAUAGUAAAGUUUGGGUUUGAAAUCCGGCCACCCAUUUUUCUUGAGAAAUCCUUGAAUCUCAACCUCGUUUAAGUGCCGGGAUUUUUUACGGUGGUCGUCGGAUUGCGGUUAUUAGGUUCGGCAUAAUUUUGUGUGUAGCGUAUUUGAGCUCGCAAUUAUAGGUAUAUACUUUAACUAACUUUUUCUUAUUAUAUAAUUAAUUAUCAAUGCAUGUUAGUUGAGUUUGAAUAUCUUAAAUAUUCAUCCGUAGUGAAGUAGGUUCUGCGAAUACAUGUACUGCGGUCGGAUGGGUGGAUAAAUUUUGUAUUGUUUAUCUGUUUUGUUUGUUAUUUUAGGCACUUGUAAAAUUUUUGGGAACGACCAAUUACAGCCGUUAUGCUGCCGAAAUUUCGGUAGAAUUAGGAUAAAUCUUACUAAAACCAUUCAUAAUAUUUACAUAACACAAAUAACUAGUUAAUUAUAACAUAGUGAUAAGAAGUUAGGUCACAUAAAAAAUAAUUGUUGACCGAGAUUUUCGGCAACUAAUAAAAUAUUAUAAAAUUAUCGAGCUGUAAGAAAGUGAGAGAAGGAUUUUUACGUGGUUGGGGCGUUAAUGAGCCUUAGUCCACGAGUCUUUUUUAUUUAUGGAUGUAUUUAAUACAGAGAAUAUACUUGGGAGAAUUUCACCCUUAUAAAUACAGAGAAUGUUCUUGGUGAGUAUUUACUCUACUUGCUCAUAUGCAGCCCACGAUUCUCGAUCCCAUUUAAUGAGCUUUGAGGGGGUAUUUAUAGUGUUUUUGGUGGGGUAAUCCCUAGAAUUGUCCUUACAAGUGUAUCUGUAAGUAUCCAUAAAGUUGGGUAUUCCCAAUGAAUAUACCAUGGGUAAUGCAUGGUCAAAUCCCUAGGUGCUGUAGGGUUUUUAUGUGGAAUGUCCUUUUUGCCUUUUGAUUGACGUGACUCUUCACAGUGUAGCUGUCGCUAGACUUAAAUGAUCAUUACUGUGGCGCUGCUGGUUGGAGGUUGUGCCGUCAGACUUUAUUGCGUGUAGCAGUCCCAACACGCUUCCCCAUGCGGCAUUUAAUGCGACUUGAUUGCUCAGGAGAAACCUGACACCUCGCGGAGAUGCCUUAGCAUUAUAUGGGCUUCCGGGAGCAUAUUGAGCUCCGUGUGCCUUCUCCGGGACCUACGUCCUGGACGUUACCUUAUGGCAUAAAGACUUAGCAAAUAUUGUGAAUUGCUUGAUCCACGUGUCCCUGUCUGAUUGGUCCACGUAUAUUGGGCAAAAUUAGGGGCAACAUUUACCCCCCAAGCCUUGUUUAUUUGAAAAAUGAAACAAGGCUUGUUCAAGUGCCUCCGGUUGACUCCUCGGUUUCCUGGCACGAGCUUUGAGCGCGUGAGGGUGUAUUUAAUGAUGGCUUUUAAUGAUGCGAUUCACUUUUUGUAGAGGUCGAUUCGUUUCACGCCCAUUGAUUGAUACGACGCAUUAAUGGUGUCAGACGGAUACUCAAGCGUUUCCACUGCCUUUAUUGCAAAUCAAUCUGGUCCGUUGAUCUUUGAGCAUUUGAAUCGUGCGCUUCCCUCACCGUUCGAUUGGUAGGUGAUGACGCCUGUUCCUCAUGCAUUUUUGCCUAUAAAAGCCACCACCUUUUCUUCAUUUCGGCUACUUCCCAUUUCUUGCCAACUUUGCUCAAAUUUCCUAGAGAGAAAAUUCUCAGACCUAGAACAAGGCCUUUAAACACUUUGCGAUUUUCCCAGUUCUUCUUCGCUCGUUUCUACCAGUCCUCCUUGUCUUUACUCGACUCUCAGCAGGACCCCCAGUUCAACACUUCAUCGUAAGUUUUUUGCAUCCUUUGCUUUAUUAUUGAAUGGCAUGCUAUUACUUAUCUGUUUGUUCUUUUCUGGGUUUGCAUUCGAAAUUUCUGGGCAUGCAAGUGUUUAAAUCCUUCACAUAGUCUGUUUGAAUUUACUACUCUAGUGAUAGGAUUGCUGUUGUCACGCCUCUGUUGUUACUGUGUAUUUUCUUUGUAGAAGGCCAUACGUUCUUCGUAUAAUGGUUGCUUAGGGCAUAGGACAGACUCUUUUUUUUUUCUUUCUGUUUUUCUUUAUCGCGUAAAGCUGUCUUCUGCGAAUUUACUGCACCCGACACUUGUCCUGGGAAUCCUUCCAGGGUUUCCUGUGUGACACGUGUCCGGAGGGGGCCUCUUUCCAGCGGUUAGGGGACCCACAUUCCCUUUUUUCUUAAUUUAGGGUUUGGUAUGGGGCCUAACUGCUGGAAUUUUACUCUUUUUACAGAAUAGAAAAAUGUCUGCUUCUGGCUCAAAGUCAUCAAAGAAAAGUGGUAAGCACAUGGCUACCCUUGAGGAGGUCUCCUUGGGACCCGUUGCCCAGGAGGGGUAUAAGUCCCGGGAGACCGGAUGGGAAGCGGCUGAGCUUUACUCCACCUUGACCUGUCCCCAUCAAUUGGAAAAUAUUGUGGAGGUUGCUGGAAUCAAGCCGUCCACCUCAGGGACUUACCACCGGCCACCUCGCGACGCGGAGACGCCCAACCACAACUACGGCGGCUUUGGGGCCUGGAGCCAAACGCAUCUGAUGGCCGGGGCCAUGCUUCCUCUUUAUUAUUUUGUUAAUUUUCUAGUUUUUGUCGGCCUUGCGCCAUACCAACUUAUUCCCCAAGCAUACCGCCUGCUUUCAGGCUUAUUUAUUUUUUAUGCCGCCCGGGGAUGGGAUCUCCUCGCCCGGCGGAAAUUUUGUAUUUUUAUGAACUUAUUUCCGUCCCCAAGAAGGGAGACAAACUUAAGGACGGUUUUUAUGGGUUCCGGGCCCACCCUGCUAACGAAGGGGUGGUCCCGUAUAACAGGCAGACUCACGUUAAGGAGUAUCGCCAUCGCUUUUUCUUCUCGUCCGGAUUCAGGGCACUGGACCAUCCGGAGCUCCUUACUGAGUGGGUGAGGAUUCCUCCAUAUGAACGGACUGCACCUACUCAGGUCUUUCUUCGGAGAGCCCAGGCCUUUGCCUCUUACGACCGGGCCGAUCUUGACGUCGGGGGUCUGGUCACUACGGAGAACUGCAGGAAGGCAAAACUCAUCCUUCCGUAUCAAUCCGUGGAGGACUCUAACCUUUCCCAGGUCAUCUGUCCCAAUGUGAGGGCGCCGGUCGCGGAGAAGACCUUCCGGGACGAGAUCGUCGCCACGGCAGAGAAUAAAUACCAGGAGUAUCUCUACCGGAAGGCCCAGGAGAAGGCGUACUCUAAGGCCCAGGCGGCUUCCGGGAGGACGCUCCGCGUGGGGAGCCCGGUGGAGAGAAGGAGUCAGGCGAUUGCCGGGAAGCCCCUUCACAUUGGGGAUUCAACGGAGAGAAGGGCUCCCAGGCCACAGCCUUUGGUUCCAGAGCCGAACACUGGGGCUCCUGGUGCCAGCACUUCCGGCGCCGGCGGUAAGUCUCCUUUGGUAGUUCAUUAUGUUCCUUCCGUUGGCGAGUAUGUCAGUCUUAGGCCCGUAGGGUUCGACGAGCGUCUGUAUAGGUUUAGGAUGCCCUCGACCCGGUGGGGAGAUCAUUUGAAGGAAUUUUAUUUUUCAAACUUAGGAGAUUUCCUAUGUCGGUCCCGGAUGGGUUCUGGUCCUCCAGAGCCCGUUCCCUUAGGUCCCUCGGCUUACAUUACAUCCAGCUGGUUCCGGCCUUCGGACAACUAUCUCGGAGAUGAUGCUGCCAGCAUAAAAAUUCGGAACUUUGCUAGGGCCGAAUUAGAAAGUCAGGGUAGGACUAGCUUAUUUGCCAUAUCUUAUGUUGGUUGUUUCCCACGGAUGUUCAAACACUUGCUUUCUUUUGUUGUAGCAGGUAUCUCCAUGGACGCCAUCUUGGAUCAGCUUGCUGGGGUUCACACUCCUGAGGCUCCUCCUGCCUUUAAUUCUUCCCCGAUGGCCCCUGCUCUAAAGAUUUCUUCCAGCGCUCCCCUCGACACUAUUGAUUUAGUGGAUGACGAGGAGGUGCUGCCGGGAGAAGGUCAAGAAAAGCAAUGGGGCUUUUCUGAGGAAGUUGAAGAAGGUGCAGGAGGGCUCCGGGCUCUUCCUGAGGAAGUUGAAAAAAGUGAAGAAGAGCAAGAGAUUACUCUGAUUCGCAAGCGUAAGGGCAAAAUGAUUGCCCAGGAGGAGCCCAAGCGGCCUUGGAGAGCUGAUACUCUGGCCCACGGUCUUGAUGGUGCGGUCUCUCCCAUGGAAGAGCAUACUGCCCCUCCCAACAUUGUGCUGACUCCGGUUCCUGGAGACGAAGCGAGGCAGGAGCUUCGGAUAGCCAAGCAUAACUAUGCCAUGGAUGAAUACUCCCGGGGGUUUGCUGAGGUGGAAGCCCUUAGGAGGGUUCUGCGGGUUGAGGUGCAAGAAACCAUCAACAACCCGGAGUACCAGGAUCCGUGGGACCUAAAUUUGGACCCCCUAUCGGACUGGUUCCGUCGCUUCCUUGGGCCCACCUUGGCUCCCUUUGCCGCGGAGAUGACUGGCGAGUUUGCGUCUCAGCUUACCCAGUGCGCGCCUAAGCGGUUCGCUACUUCUGCUUCCCUGAACUCCAUCGUCCAGGUCCAGGACCUCAGCCACUCCCUCACUGUGGUAAGUGCUUUGUAA